AUGACCACUAACCCGAGUACCAAGCAAGAGGGAGAUAUCUCAAGUAUUUUUGCUUCCCUCUCAGGAAAAGAGACGUCGCCUCUGCCCGAUCGGUUCCGUGAACUCAAAUUGCGCUUGGUCAAGGGCCAUGAGAACGCUGUCAUCGCAAGCUGGAAGCGUCUACUUGCUGUCCUGCAAAAGGAGACUGAAGCCAUUGCUCUGUAUGGGCCUUCCAUUAUUCCAGAAGUCAGGUUCAGCCAUCUUUCGGAGGAUCUCGCGGCGAAGAAGCAGGCAAUUGAGAAACGUGGUGCUGCAGUCAUCCGCGGUGUGAUCAGGGAAGACCAAGCUAGGACAUACAAGUUCGAGAUUGAGGAGUACAUUCGCCAAAAUCCUCAUACCAAGGGCUUCCCAUCCUCCAACCCGCAAGUCUGGGAACUCUACUGGUCCCCAAGCCAAAUCCGAGCUCGCGCCCAUCCCUCCCUCUUAGCCACACAAACCGCCCUCAUGACAACUCUUUGGCAUUCCUCCAACCGAUCUGCCCCGAUCUCGUUUCGUGUUCCCCUAACGUACUGCGACCGCCUUCGUAUUCGCCAACCAGGUGACGCCCGGUUCGCUUUAGGCCCUCACCAAGACGGAGGGAGCGUUGAGCGCUGGGAAGAAGAUGGAUAUGGCCGUGGUAAAGUGUAUGAUGCCGUCUUCCGCGGGGAGUGGGAUCACCCUGAGAGGGGAUACGAUCCUUAUGAUGCAGCUGGACGCAUCCACGCCGUAACGGACUUGUAUGGUGGACCUGGGGCAUGCAGUAUGUUUCGGGCUUUCCAGGGGUGGUUGGCAAUGAGCGAGUUGAGGCCUUGGGAGGGUACAUUGAUGGUUGUACCGAUCGUGAAGGAGGCGGAGGUGUAUGUUCUUCUGAGGCCCUUCUUUAAGGCUGUGAAGAGCCUUGAAGAGGUUGGCAGGAACAAGUAUCUGGACGAGGACAACUGGGAAUUUACCGGAGGAGAGAAGAUGGGAAGCGAACUACAUGGUUCCGUUCCGGGGCUUUGCCAGGAGCUGAGUGAUGAGUUGCAUCCUCAUCUUAGGCUUGACAAGAGUCUGGUGAAUAUCCCGGAGGUGAAGCCAGGAGACUAUGUCGUGUGGCAUUGUGACGUGAUUCAUGCCGUCGACAAGAAACACAACGGCGCGUCAGACUCAAGCGUCCUCUAUAUCCCAGUCUGUCCCACCACUGAGGGGAACGCUCGUUAUGUGGCUCGUCAACUGGAAGCCUUGCGACAAGGAACUCCAUCACCGGAUUUCCCUGGGGGAGAAGGAGAAUCUCGUCAUGUUGCCCGUGGGACAGUCGAGUACGCCCAAAAGUGUUGUGAUACUCUUGGGCUUCAGGCCAUGGGCCUUAACAAGCUUGUUCCUGUUCAGGGUGACUCCCCAGGAGGAGCAGAAGCUGUGAGGAGGGCGAAUGAGCCCCAUGCCAUGGCAGCAGAGGAAUUACCCAGCUUCCCCUUCAAACGGGCAUCCGGACUCGAUCCUCCAGCGGAAUUUGCGCAAUUACGCAAGAAUAACCCUGUCUCCCAGGUCAAACUGUACGAUGGAACCGCAGCAUGGCUGGUGACGAAGCAUAAGGACGUCUGCCAGGUAGCCACAGAUGAGCGUCUGUCAAAGGAACGUCGAAGACCGGGCUUCCCCGAGUUCAGCGACGGCGGCAAGCAAGCCGCAAAACAGCGCCCAACCUUCGUCGACAUGGAUGCUCCAGACCACAUGCGGUAUCGCAGCAUGGUGGCGGGCUGGUUCACGCCCGAGCAUGUCGCAUCGAUGCAGCCGUACAUCGACAAGACUGUCCAAGACCUGCUGGAGCGGCUGCGGCAUAAGGGGUGUGCCGAUGGGCCAGUGGAUUUCGUGGAGGAGUUUGCGUUGCCAGUGCCGUCAUAUAUCAUCUAUACUAUGUUGGGUGUGCCGUUUGAAGAUCUGGAGAUUUUGACGAAGCAGAAUGUGGUUCGCACGAGCGGAAGCUCGACCGCGAGGGAGGCAUCUGCUGCGGCGAAUGAACUCCUUCGCUACUUGAGUGACCUUGCUGACAAGAGAGCUAAGGAGCCAAAGAACGACAUCAUCAGUCAGUUGAUGAAGGAACAGGUAGAACAGGGGAAAUUAUCAAAAGAAGAUGCAGUCCAGAUGGCGUUUCUGCUCCUGGUUGCUGGAAACGCAACCAUGGUGAACAUGAUAGCCUUGGGCGUAGUAACCCUGGCCCUACACGCAGAAGCCCAACAAGCUCUGAAAUCCGACCCCCCCAAAUGGGCUGGCCCCUUCGUAGACGAGCUCUGCAGAUAUCACACAGCUUCAGCAAUGGCGAUGCGCCGCACGGCAAAGGAAAACCUCACCAUCGGCGGCAAAGAGAUCAAAGCCGGGCAGGGCAUCAUCGCGUCCAACCAGUCGGCCAAUCGCGACGAAGACGUUUUCGUCGACCCGGACCGCUUCGAUAUCCGCCGUAGUUGGCCCGACCAGGAUGCGCUGGGCUUCGGAUACGGCCCACAUCGCUGCAUUGCCGAGCAUUUGGCUAAGGCCGAGCUGAGGAGCGUGUUUUGUAAGUUCAGUUCUUACUUGCGCACUCGCCCCUUGCUGCUUUACCCCAAAGCGGCGGAGAUCGCUUGA